UUUUGCCUCGGCUUGGUUUCAAAUGGUGAGUCGGGCCCGCUCGGGUUUGGUCCACAACCGCCCCUUUCUUUCUCCCCACCAACUCCCAGUCUUCUCCCGUUCCAUCUCCACGCCGCCGCUCGCUGCUCCUCUGACUCUUCCUCCUCCACCGAUUCCCUUUCUUCCAUCAUUCGAAACCCUAAUCCCUCGCCGAUUCCCUCUCCCGUCCCACGUAUCGCGUCUUUUCUCCCCUCACGCACCCGACUCCAUUUCCGUUUGCCCGGGCGAUCUGCUCCAGGUUGGUGAUCGCCCCGUAAGAUUGUAGGAUACUAACCACGAUCCAGACCUUUGCUCCUGGUUUUGAUCUAAAACUUUGCAAUGGCAAGUCCUGAAGUAAAUACUGUUAGAGAAUGUCGAGAUGAAGCUGUGCCUUCAUUCUCCGGCGUGACUGAUUUUAAUCAGGGGGAGGAGGCAUCACCUGACCUGUUAAAGAACACGCCAUCCAACAUUGCCAGAUUGGAGGAUGCAAUUGAACAAUGUAAGGGUCAUCAGAAGUAUCUUGCACACACAAGGAGCCCAUCUGAUGGGGAAGACAUUCGUUGGUACUUCUGCAAAGUGCCUCUUGCAGAAAAGGAGCUGGCAUCUUCAGUUCCUUGUACAGAGAUAGUUGGCAAAAGUGAUUAUUUUCGAUUCAGCAUGAGAGACUCUCUUGCACUGGAGGCUUCUUUCUUACAGAGGGAGGAAGAGUUACUUGCAUAUUGGUGGAAAGAAUAUGCGGAGUGCAGUGAGGGUCCACGUGGACUACAUGUGACUUGUGAUGAACUGUACAUAGUGGAGGAAGAGAGAGUUGGUGUCCCUGUAAAAGGUGGUCUUUAUGAGGUAGAUUUAAUUAAGCGACAUUGUUUCCCUGUGUAUUGGAGUGGUGAGAACAGGCGUGUGUUAAGAGGUCACUGGUUUGCUCGUAAAGGUGGAAUUGAUUGGCUUCCCCUCCGUGAAGAUGUUGCAGAACAACUGGAGUUAGCGUACCGUUGUCGAGUCUGGCAUCGACGUACAUUUCAACCUUCAGGUCAAUUUGCUGCUCGUAUUGAUUUGCAAGGCACAACUGUGGGACUACAUGCCCUUUUCACAGGAGAGGAUGAUACUUGGGAAGCGUGGUUAGCCUUUGGCAGCUCUGGUUUUCCUUUUGGAAGUGGAAAUGUGGUUAAACUAAGACGUGGUUUCUCCCCUUCUGGAUCUGUGAAGCCAACUCAGGAUGAGCUUCGCCAGCAGAAAGAGGAGGAAAUGGAUGAUUAUUGUUCUCAGGUGCCAGUUGGUCAUCUCGUUUUUAUGGUUCAUGGUAUUGGGCAAAGGUUAGAGAAAGCCAAUUUGGUUGAUGAUGUUGGUGAUUUUCGUCGUAUAGCAGCAAGUCUAGCUGAGAGGCACUUAACACCAUACCAAAGAAGCACCCAGAGGGUUCUUUUUAUUCCUUGCCAGUGGAGAAAGGGUUUGAAGCUCAGUGGUGAACAUGCUGUUGAUAAAAUUACCUUGGAUGGUGUACGAGGUCUACGAGUAACAUUGAGUGCAACAGUUCAUGAUGUUCUGUACUACAUGAGUCCAAUUUAUUGUCAGGACAUUAUCGAUUCAGUGUCCAACCAAUUAAACAGAUUAUAUGCAAAGUUUCUCAAGCGAAACCCUGGCUAUGAUGGGAAGGUUUCUAUAUAUGGUCACUCAUUAGGAAGUGUACUAUCCUAUGAUAUACUUUGCCAUCAAGAUUGUUUCUCUGCACCCUUUUCCAUGGAUACAGUGUCCCUGGAAGGUGUUGGAAUAAAUAUUCAGGAGUCUGAAGUUGAUCCUUCGUAUUGGCUAACUGAAUCUAGUAUCCCCAUGAAUUCUGAGCAUAACAGAAAUAAAAUAACAGCUUCGAAGCCACUGGCAUGUGGAACAGUAAAAAACAGUUCCAAGUCACGGAUAUAUCCCAAUGUUAAUGAAGGUGAAGCAGGAGCCUUCUCUCGCAAUGGAGAUGACUUUCUAAGAAAUGAUCUGCAAGAGGUGUUCCCAGAUAAUGGUGGCAUGCUAUAUCCUAAUGAGAAAUAUGAUAAUCUGGACCAUCUGUGUUUCAAUGAUAAGUGUAUCGAUACAUCAUUCCUUAAACAAGCUGGUGAAGAAGUAAAUUGUCCUUCAGAAACUUUUUGUGCUGAAGCAAAUAAUUCUACUGGAAAUCUGUGCAAAAGUGUAGAUUCUGAAGGUGGUAUCGUUAAGGAUUUCAGGAUUCUUUCUGAAAAUACAGUUGAUAAAGACAAAUUAAUCUCCAUGUUGGAGGAAGAGGUGGAGUCCCUCAAAUUGAAAAUUGCAGAACUGGAAAAAGCUCAUCUACCAAAAACUUACUUUAAGCAUUACAGUGAGAAUGAUGGAACCAGUGGAACUUAUCAUGGCAAAGACAAAGUGGCUGAAUCAAUCAAUCAGUCUUCUGAAAAUUCUUCUCCUGGGAAGGAUGACAAAAGAAAGAGUUACACACCUUACGUCAAGUACACUAAGCUUAAUUUUAUGGUUGAUACAUUCUUUGCUGUUGGAUCACCUCUUGGUGUCUUUCUUGCCCUGCGAAAUGUCCGGAUAGGAGUAGGCAGGGGGCAAGGUUAUUGGCAAGAUGAAAAAAUAACAGAAGAGAUUCCUUCAUGUAGACAAAUGUUUAACAUUUUUCAUCCUUUUGAUCCUGUAGCAUAUAGAGUAGAACCGCUUAUUUGCAAAGAGUUCAUUGACAAGCGACCUAUUAUUAUUCCCUACCAUAGGGGUGGGAAAAGGUUGCAUAUUGGAUUUCAGGAAUUCACUGAAGAAAUAGCUGUGCAUUCUCAAGUCAUGGUGAAUCAGAUAAACUCUUUGAGGGUUAAAGUCAUCAGUGUGUUUCAAUUACAGAACAAGGAUGAGAAUGGAGAUACUGCACAUGGAACUCGAGAAAAAGAAAGAUCAUAUGGUUCCAUCAUGAUGGAAAGGUUGACUGGUGACAAAGAUGGUCGUGUUGAUUAUGUUCUCCAAGAUAAAACAUUUCGGCAUGCAUACAUAUCAGCUAUAAAGUCACACACUAAUUAUUGGCGUGAUAAGGAUACUGCACUUUUCAUUUUGAACCAUUUGUAUCGGGAUAUACCUGAAGAGGCACCAACAACUGAACAGACAAAUACUAGACAUGGUCCAGAAAGCCAAAGACCUACAAGACUUUUCUAUGAGAAGGAUAUUAUGGAUGAAGACACCCCAUUGACAUUCUCUGACAGUUAUUCUAUUAGGGAAUUCUCGAGGAAAGCAAAGAAGGUUAUAAAUGCAAGUUAAUGCUUUGCCUUUUAGCCAUUGACACAACAAGUGAUGAAAGGUUAGUUUUGUAUUUUUUAU